GUAGCUCUGAACUAAUCUCCUCCAGUAGGAGCUCCCACAUGGCUGCGGUCAGCGCCGAGCUGUGAGCUGCAGCAGGGAGACAGCGACGCUCAAACUCUCCGGGAGAAAGCAAGCAAGCAAGGAAUAGGGAACCUGAGGGUUUAUUGUUAUUUUUUUAUUAUUAUUUAUUUUGUAAACUGCUCCAAGCCCCGUUAGAUGACAGACGCGCUCCAUCCCACGCUGCUCUCUCGGGAAACUGAAACGCAACAGGAUGAUGCCGUUUUGAAACUGCUGCCGUCCGGGAAUAGUAAAGCGGAGGAGUUGGGGAGCGCUCACCGAUGUUAUCAGAGCGGUAAAGACAGUGGAAAUUACCUUGGGCUGAGAGGACCGAGCAAGGUGUCAGGAAUGCUCCCUGUCCUCCUGCUAGCUGGGUUGAUUCUGGCUCUGUCCGUCCCUGGCACCACGUGCGAAUCAGCCACGCUGCGUUUCUUGGGGCAGACGGACUUUGUCGUCAACGAAACCAGCACAGCUGUGGUCCGGCUGGUCGUGGAGAGAGUGGGAGACCCGAUCAAUGUGACGGCUUUGGUUCUCCUAGAGGGAGUUGACACUGGGGACUUUGAGGCUAUUAAUGCUGCAGCGUUUCUUCUGUCCACCGAGUCCAGUAAGACAAUAUUUAUUGCUGUGAAAGACGAUGACCUGCCUGAGGCAGAUGAGACAUUUACCUUCAGCCUUAAACUACAGAGUUCCUCUAAUGGUGUGACACUGGGAACACCGAACAAGGCAACAAUCACUAUCUUGUCCAAUGACAACGCCUUUGGAAUAAUUGCCUUUAACUCAACUGAAGAGAUUGUUGUUGAUGAGUCCAGAGGAAGGAACGUGCCUUUCACCUUGAUUAGAGAAAAAGGAACUUAUGGGACAGUCACUGUGAGCUUUGAGAUCUCUGAUGGUCCCAACCCUGCUACUGAGGAUCUGGUUCCAGACAGAGGCAGCAUCAUAAUCCCUGUAGGACAGGCUGUAGCGCACUUCAGCAUCCUCAUUCAGGACGAUCUGAUCCCCGAGAAUGACGAAGUGUUUACAGUGAGGCUAACAGGUGUGGCUGGUGGAGCUCUUCUCAGUCCCAAUGCCAGCAGCGUCCAGCUUCGAAUCCGGCGAAAUGACAGCCCCCUGCGCUUCUCCCUGUCUGUCAUGGUCGUAUCAGAAUCGGCGUCUGUCAUUGUCCUCAAUGUGACCCGCGGCCGACUGACUGAGGAUGGGCCACUCGUCGGCUCUGUUGACACCCAGGUGUCUGUGGAUUACAUGGUAGUGAGUGGUGAAGGAGUGGGCAGCGCAACUCCAGGAGUGGAUUUCCUGGACCUUCAGCCAGUCAGAACCAUCACGUUCCCUUCGAUGGUCUUCAAAGCCAGCCUUUUGUUCAACAUAAGCGAUGACGCAGUGCCAGAAAUUGCAGAAUCCUUCCAUGUGGUUCUUUUGGAGGAAACUAUACGAGGAGACGCAGUGCUAGUAUCGCCCAACGCAGUGCUGGUGACCAUCGAGCCCAAUGAUAAGCCUUAUGGCGUCCUGUCAAUUAGCAGUGCAGCUCUCGUUCAGCCAAUUAGCAUCAAUGAAGACCUGACUCAAAAAUUUGAUGGGAUCAUCAUUGUGAGAAACGGAGGAAGCUACGGCCAGGUGUCUGCAAACUGGUCCAUCAGCAGGAACUCCAGCGAUCCCUCGCCAGUGUCGCAUGACUUGACGCCCCAGUUUGGAACCGUGAAAUUUGCUGCCGGUCAGGUGACGGCUGUGGUUUCCUUAAACAUCGUGGCUGAUGAUCAGCCUGAAGAAGCAGAGGCUUUUGUUCUGAAACUGCUGCCCAGCACCGUCACCGGAAAUGCGGAAAUUGACGAACCUAUGGAGAUGGUGUUUUACAUUCAGGACAGCGAUGAUGUCUAUGGACUUUUUCGGUUUGACCCAGCCAAGGAGCAGAGCAUCCAGAGCCAACCACAGGGACGAUUCCUCUCUCUCCAUUUUGUGAGAGAUGGUGGCACGCUGGGUAACGUGUCCAUGGCCCUUACUGCGCUCUACAUUCCAGCAGGCCCAGUGGACCCUGAUCUGGCCCGAGACCAGGUUCUGAAUGUUAGCAGGUCUGUUAAUGUGGUGUUUUCUCGUCAACGGACUGUCCAUGUCAUACUGCCUAUCCGGAAUGACGCCUUUCUGCAAAAUGGAGCUCAUUUCCUUAUUCAGUUGAAUAAACUGGAGCUGGUUGAUAUCACCCCAUCAAUUCCUUCAAACAGCCCAAGGUUCGGGGGACCUCUGAAUCUGACGUUGAAUGUCACCCCUGACAUUGCUAAUGGGGAAAUUGGCUUUAUAAGUAACACUACAGUGGUACUCUAUGAACCAGAGGACAGCAACACCAGCAUGGUUAGCCUCCCUCUGCGGCGGGAUGGGACGGACGGUCAGGCCGUGGUGUUCUGGAGUCUCCGGCCGAUUGGAGCCAAUCUUAAGGAUGUAACUGCUGACGACCUGACACCGUUUAACGGCUCAGUUGUCUUCCUCUCCAGACAGAGCGAUGCCUUUAUUAACCUUACCAUCAUGGCCGACAAUAUCCCAGAGGUCAAUGAAACCCUGCUGCUCAGCCUAGACAGGAGUAAUGUGGAGAAUCAGAUCCUGAAAGCCGGCUUCACCAGCAGAGAGAUCGUCAUCGUGGAGAACGACGAUCCCGGGGGAGUGUUUGAGUUCUCCCAGUUCUCCAGAGGUCCAUGGCUUAUCAACGAGGGUGAGGCUGUGGAGCUGCACGUGGUCAGAGCUCAAGGACAGCUCCUGAAGCAGUUAAUACGAUACACAGUGACGCCAUCAGGCAGCGCCGAAUUCUAUGGAGCUACAGGCAUCCUUGAGUUUAAACCUGGGGAGAGAGAGGUGGUGGUGGCAUUGGUCGCAAGGCCUGAUGGGAUACCUGAGCUGGAUGAGACAUUUUCCGUGGUACUGAGUAGCCACAGCACUCCGCCAAGUCGUCUAGGCAACCACAGGGAGGUCAACAUCACUGUCCGCAGGAACGACGACCCUUUUGGGGUCAUCGAGUUUAUCCAAUCAGGGCUCACGGUGACCAUCAAUGAGAGCAAAGGAGAGGCAGUACACCAGGCUGUGUACUCUGUGGUGAGGAAUAGGGGUCUCUUUGAAGAAGUGUCAGUUUUGUGGGUCUUGGAGCCGGCUCUGACGGGAGAUGUUAUGCCUGUCCAGGGAAAUAUUACCUUCAAAGAAGGAGAGUACUUGAAAAACCUCACCAUCUCAUCUGUACCCGAUGAGAUCCCAGAAGACAAGGAGAACUUCACCAUCACACUGUCAAAUGCAACAGGUGGAGCAAGACUGGGAAAUAUACUCAGUGCCAGUUUGUGGAUUAAUAAGAACGACGAUCCCAUAUAUGUAUCUGAACCAAUCACAGUGCGUGUUCGUGAAGGAGGCGUUGCCAAUUUCACCAUCCUGAGGGCAGGCCGGGCUGACUUUAAGGCGACCGUGACGUAUCGGGUGGAUUUCGGGAGUGCCUCACCGGAUGACUUCACUGUUGUGACAAAUAACACGUUACUAGUGUAUGAUGUGGGGGAAUGGAUGAAGAACAUCACUGUGGUCAUUGAAGACGAUGACAUACCGGAGACAGAUGAACCUUUUUACAUCGUUUUAUAUAAUGCCACAGGCGACGCUGUUGUUUACGGUGCAGACACGGCCACUGUAGUGAUUGAAGCCAACGACGACGCCAACGGGAUUUUCUCUUUGGAAACCGUAGAAAAACCGGUGGAAGAGGGCAAGACCAACAGUUUUUAUGUGCUACGAGCAAGGGGACAUUUUGGUAAUGUAACAGUCUUCUGGCAGCUGUUUGCCAAUGACUCAGAUACGCCUCUUGAAGAAAACCAGGAGUUUGCAAACACGUUUGGCUCCAUCACCUUUAUCACUGGGGAAGAAACCAAACCUAUUGUCCUGGAGGCCAUCUCUGAUAAACUUCCAGAGUUUAAUGAGUUCUUUGUCCUCAGACUGGUUAAUAUUUCAGGUGGUUACCCAGGGGAAGGAGGCAAACUCGCCGAGACCUCUCUGAAUGCCUCAGUCCUCAUUCCUUUCAACGACGACCCAUUUGGUGUUUUCGCCAUUGCCCCCAGCAACCAGGACCAAGAAGUUGCUGAGGACGUGCUCACUGAAAACGACAUGUCCGAUGUUACUUCCUUCACCAUUCUCCGAGAGCAGGGCACCUUUGGUGACGUGCGAGUUUCCUGGGAGAUCGUGUCCGCAAGCUUCCCGCAGGGUCUUCCUCCCAUGGACGACCUGUUGCUGCAAGCCUCUUUCCCAGACGAGGUGGAGCUCAGGCCUCGUGCUCGGAGACACCACUCAGCCACAGACACUUGGUUCUUCUCUGGCCUUCCAGGAGCGUACGGGACCGUCUCCCCCGAAGAUGCACCCGCAGCUGUGGGUAACUUCACCUUCUCAGCUUGGCUGGCGCCCAGACUAAACACUGACGGCUUCAUAGUGUCCAAAGGAACAAGAAACGGAAGCUUGUAUUAUGGAGUGAAGGUCCACUUCAACGAGUCCCAUGUGACUGUGAUGCUGUAUUACACAGUCAGAGGUUCAAAUAAUACCCAAGUGGCAAGGGCCACGGCAGAGAAGUUUGUGGAAGAAAACACGUGGCUACAUGUCAUUAUAACGAAUGAUGAUGGGAUUAUUGAGUUCUUCUUGGAUGGGACCUCUAUACCUGGAGGCCUGAGGAGCAUCAAAGGGGAAGGCAUUAAUGAUGGGCCGGCUCCAGUGUUCAUUGGGUCAGACCUUGAGGGGGAGCAGCGCUACAGUGGCCUUCUCCAAGAUGUCCGCCUGUAUCGCACCAGGCUCAACCGCAGCCAGAUACAUGAGCUCCACACUCAGCCUGCUAAAGCAGACCUGCGAAACAUCUCAGGGUACCUGCGGUACCGCCAGGACGAGAGGCAGAAGUCCUUCGUCGUGGAAACCAGGGACGACGAGGAGGAGGAGGGAGAGGAGGUGUUCUAUCUGCAGCUGGUGGCUGCGCAUGGUGGUGCGCGCCUCCCUCUUCCCAGACCCACCGCCGUUUUGAGAAUUAUGAAGAGUGACAACGCCAACGGGCUUUUUGGAUUCACUGGGGCCUGCAUACCUGAUACAACCGAGGAGGGGUCCACCAUCUCCUGUGUGAUUGAGCGUAUGCGGGGAUCUCUGGAUUCGGUCUCCGUGAAUUACACCGUUACCCAGCUGGACAGCUUGGAAAGCGACAGCCCAGCACACGAAGACUUUGUCAAUGCGACCGGAGCUGUGCUUUUUGCGCCUGGACAGCGCUCCGAGGUGCUGAACCUCGUCGUGUAUGAUGAUAACCUCCCAGAGCUUGCAGAGUCUUUUCAGGUUGCUCUGGUAUUAGCAGAGUCUGCCGACGGGAAGCCAGGCUCCACGCCCACCAGUGGGGCCAGCAUUGAUCCCAAUAAUGCCGUUAACACUGUCACUGUCACAGCAAGCGACCAUCCUUAUGGCCUGUUGCAGUUCCAGCCCAGCCCGCCUCCGGACGGUCUGAUCGCUCCAGCUUUAGAACCUGCACACAUCACUGUUCGUGAGGAGGAUGGUCAAAUCCAGCUGCCAGUGGCCAGAGCCCAAGGCCUAUUAGGAAAAAUCAUGGUGGGGUACAGGACAACCCCCUUCACAGCAUCCAGCCCUGAAGACUAUGAGGACUCAGAGGGUAUCCUAGAAUUCCUACCAGGCGACAGGUUGAAGUUCAUCAGUGUGACCGUUGUGGACAACCCUGUCCCAGAGCUGGAAAAGGUUUUUAGGGUGGAGCUCUACAACGUACAGGGUGGAGUCGAUCACUUUCUGCGCGGUGAAGCAAGCGGUAGUGGGGAAAGCGAUUUUGACUUCCUCCCUCCAUCCUAUCGCUAUCCUGCCAGCUUGGGAGUCGCAUCUCGCAUUACUGUCACCAUCGCCGCUUCUGAUGAUGCUCGCGGAGUGUUUGACUUCAGUCCUCAGUCUUUAUCCGUUAACGGGACAGAACCAGAGGAUGGACUGAACUCUGUCGUCCUUCUGGUGGAUCGGUCCUUUGGAGACCUCUCCAAUUUGACUGUGUACUGGGAGGUUGAUCCCAGCUCUGAGGGAGAGCUCCUUAGUAGGUUUGGGAACAUCUCCUUUGGUGUGGGGCAGACAUCAGCGAAUAUAAUCAUUAGCGUGGCCCAGGAUGAGAUCCCCGAGUUGGACAAGAGCUACACUGUGUCUCUAGUUAAUGUUUCAAAAGGCCGUCUGGGUGACCAAACAUCUGCCACUCUGACUGUGCUCGCCAGUGAUGAUCCCUAUGGUGUGUUUGUAUUUACUAACGCAUCGAGGUCUAUUCGUCUUCCUGAAGCAGAUGCAACUGUCUCCCUCACCAUCCAGCGACUGAGAGGCACUAUGGGUCAGGUGCGAGUCACAUAUGGGACACUAAAAGAGGCAGACCAGGAGCCUUACAGGACUCCUGGAGUGGGCCGAGCCACUGAAGGGCGAGACUUUGUGCCCGUCCUUGAUUCAGUUGUGUUUCUAGCCAAUCAGACUGAGGCGAACAUCACACUCAGAGUGCUUGAUGAUGAGGAUCCAGAACGAGACGAGUCCGUGUUUGUCAAGCUGAUUGAUGUUGAUCUCAUCAAAGGAGACCAAAAAAGGCCCAUCUCAACUUCCCCCGCUCUGGGCCCUGCGGCUGACAUUGUUGCCCAGGUGGUAGUAGAGGCCAGCGACGAUGCUUUUGGAGUCCUUCAGCUGUCUGCUUCUGCUGUCAGUGUAGCCGAACAUUACGUUGGGCCCAUAAUAAAUGUCACACGAGUCGGCGGCAUGUUUGCUGAUGUGUCUGUCAAAUUCAAAGCAAUACCUGUGACUGCCAGAGUUAGCGAAGACUACAGCGUAGCGUCAACCGACGUGGUCCUUUUAGAGGGAGAAUCCAGUAAAUCUGUUCCCAUCUAUGUUAUUAACGAUAUGGUCCCUGAGCUGGAAGAGACCUUUGUCAUUGAGCUGAUCAACCAAACAACAGGAGGAGCUCUGCUGGGAGAGCUCACGCGUGCCGUCAUCACUAUAUUGCCGUCUGAUGACCCUUUUGGUGCCUUUGUCUUCCAGGCUGUCCCAGUCACAGUUGAAGAACCAGAAUCCAACUCUACUGUGGUCACAUUGCCUGUUGUGCGCAAGGCUGGCACAAUUGGGACAGUGGUAGUCCAAUGGCGGGCAACUGUUAAUGGUAAACUUGCGGAGGGGGACGUCCGCCCCCCGUCGGGAGAGGUAAAAUUUGCUCCCGGGGAGACCAUGAAGACAAUCAGGGUGGAGAUAUUACCCGACGAUGUACCUGAAAUUGCUGAGAUUAUUAAAGUCGAACUAAUCAGUGCCAGUAAUGGAGGAAACCUGGGAGCUGACACAUUUGUGAACAUAAUAGUGCCUGCAAAUGAUAACCCCUAUGGGACAGUUUACUUUGAACAGGCUGUUUAUCGUGUUCAGGAGCCACUGGAGGGAGUUUACAGUGCCAAUAUCACUGUCCGCAGAAGAGGAGGUCACUUUGGUCGUUUGGAGAUCACGUACAGCACCUCUGAAGUAGACAUUGUUGACUCAGCUCAGGCUCAAGAUCAGAAUUUGCUGAUAUACUAUGACUCUCCAAAGCCAGGUGUACCAUCCAGUGGCCUAUUUGUGACAGUAAACAUCACAAGUCAAAGAGACCCUGUGGAUGCAUGUGCUGCUGCCUGUCUGAGAGAGAGGGCCUGCCAGGCCUUCUCUGUGUCAUCAGCCACCAACCCUCCGUCCUGUACGUGGGUUUCAUCAGGGGCCAAUCAGCUGACCUCUAGAUCUCAGGUUUUGACUUAUAUUAAAAACACCACUGCAGCUGCUGUCUUGUUUAGUGGCCAGGCUGUGGCAGGAAGUGAUUACACCCCUGUCACUGCUCAAAGUGCUCUUAUGGAGGAUGGGUCUGGGACCGCCAACCUCUCAGUCCUAAUCCUAACCGACAAAUUACCUGAAAUGGAUGAAAGCUUCUCUAUACAAAUCUUAAAGGUAGAGUUGGUAAAUUUGACCGCGUCACAGAAGAACUUGCCCACAAUCGGUCAGCCUGACAAGGCUGUAGUUACCAUAGGAAUGAACGGAGAUGCAUUCGGCAUAUUUUUGAUCUACAGUCUCAGUCCAAACGCCACCAAGGAGGGACUCUACCUUGAGGUUCGAGAAGAGCCUAAAGUCUUGCCGCUGGUCAUUGAGAGAAGAGGAGGAAAUCUGGGCACUGUUUCUGUAGAGUGGAGAUUUGUUGGAGGAAAAGCUACACCGGAUGCUGAUUUUAUUGGGAAUGGAGGGACUCUGGUCUUUGAUGGUGAUCUUAAAAAGACAGUGGAGAUAAUAAUCAGAGAUGAUUCUGAACCAGAGGACAGCGAGAGCCUUAUGAUUGGGCUUGUUAACCCGGCGGGAGGAAGUCGCAUCCUCCCCAGCUCGGACACGGUCACUAUAGUGAUACUGGCAAACGACAAUGUGGCUGGAAUAGUCGGAUUUGAUCCAGGCUCACGUUCGGUCAUUGCCAGAGAGGGUGAGAGAUUGUCCUUGUUAGUGCUGAGAACGGCUCCAGGUUUGGGUAACGUCACGUUAGACUGGACUGUUCAAGGUCCGCUUGCACACCGCACUUUUGUUCAAACAGCAGGGACACUUUUCUUCAGUGAGGGACAACUAAAUUACACUAUAGUCCUGCAGCUUAUGGAUGACGCCACACCAGAAAACCAAGAUCAGUACCGAGUGUCACUUUCCAACCUACAAACAUUUGGUGUGGUAGCGACAGGCCAUGCAGCCCUGGAUGUUCAGGGCAGUGAAGCGGUGCUCACUGUCGACACCAGCGAUCAACCAUACGGGCUUCUGACUAUCGCACCGUCAUCCCUCAGGGUGAGCACAGAGGAACGGGACCAGAUUAUAAACAUCUACAUCAAUAGAGAGUUUGGAGCCUCGGGAGCGGUGAAUAUUACCUAUGAGGUUAUUAGAGGUUCUCUACAAAACCUGUCUGAGGUGGAGGGUGCUCUCGCUGACCCGGGACAAGACUUUGUCUCUGGUACCGGUUCUGUGAUCCUGCAGGAAGGACAGACCUCAGUUUCCAUUCCUGUCACCAUUCUUGAGGAUGACAUUCCAGAGCUGCAGGAGUUCUUCUUGGUCAACAUAACAUCUGCCGUGCUCAUCACAACUCUGGCAACUGUUCCCCAACUUGACACCCGAGGUUUGGUGGCAGAAGUCAGCAUUGUUGCUAAUGAUGGGAUCAGAGGGGUCAUUGAAUGGACAAACACCAUGUAUGAAGUGAACGAAACGAUCGGGGCGCUGACUCUCGUGGCCUACAGAAACAAGGGAACAUAUGGGAAUGUCUCCCUUUUCUUCUCCACUCAGACCUUGGAAGCUCAGCAAGGACUUGACUACAACACUAGCGAAAUGAUGCUGCAUUUUGUUGAUGGCGAAAGGCAUAAGUUUGUGGAUGUGCAGAUAAUUGAUGACACAAUACCAGAGGGCGCAGAGAGAUUCCAGCUAAUCCUGUCUGAGCCUUCGCCUGGGCUGGAGCUUGGCAGAAAUACAACAGCUACCGUAAAUAUCCUGGCCAGUGAUGAUGGACACGGUGUCGUUUCGUUUAACACCAGCGAUCAUUUCCUUUUAAGAGAGCCUACCUCUGUGUCACAGCUCAGUGACAGCGUGGCUAAACUCCAUGUGGUCCGUAACCCAGAACAAGGCACUUUUGGGACAGUCUCCGUUCAGUUCGCCGUCAUGGAUGCCAACGGCAGCCUGGCGGAGGGGGAUGUGAUGCCAACGCAAGGUUUCGUGGUGCUGGAGGAUGGGGUCAGGUUUAAGAUGCUUGAGGUCCGGGCAUUACGUGACGCCGAACCCGAAGGGAACGAAACCUUCACACUGACUCUCUUCAACCCAACAGGGGGUGCGCGGCUCGGGGACCAGCUCCAAGUUCUCAUCACUGUCUUGGAGAACCAAGCCCCUUCAGGCUUGUUCCGAAUUGGACCCUCUCUCAACAGAACCAGCACAGCAGUUGUUGCUGAGGAAGGGAGCAGAGCAGUCUUCCUCACGGUCUCUCGCAGUAAUGGCUUGGAGUCAGCAGUCAGUGUAGAGUGGGAGAUGCUGUCUGACACAGCUACUGCCUCUGAGGGUCCUCUCCCCGUCAUUGGCUUGUACCAGAGCUUCGAGGACAACCCUACCUCUGCUUGGUGCUCCGUUCCAGGAGAGGCUUCCCUCUUGGCCAUGAGGCUGGACCUGAAGCCGGCGGUCGGGGCCGUCCACACUCUGGCGACUCUGUAUCGGUGGCAAGGCGUUUUCGUGCCAAUAGAGUCCGUCAGAGUCCAAAACCCAGCCUCGUGCGUUGGGUUUGCCAUCAAUGGCUCUACAUACAUAGGCAUUGCACAUGGCGGCCCUCCCUUCUUCCCUGCUGCUAAUCUUAGCCUCUUUAAGCUGCAGAAGGACCUCAACAUCACGUUGGAACAAAUCUUAGGCGUUGAGGCCCUGGAUGUGAAACACUUCUCCGCUGAAGGCAAAGAUUACCUAAUAGCAUCUAGCCAGAUUUUUGUUUGGACGGGCGACGUCUUUACACUCCAUCAGAAUCUCAACUUUGAACAGGACAUCCUCGAUCUAGCUCCGUUUACCCAUGCAGGAGUGCUCUACCUGUUAGUGUGCAUAGACAGCCAGAGUGGGAGCUGCCAGCUUCUGCAAUGGAGCAGCGGCAGAUUUCAGAACCCGCAAACUCUCCCACUGCCCGGCAGAGCCUUCCAGGUGGAAAUAGUCAACACAAGAAGAGAGGAUACUCUGCUGCUGAUUGCAGUUGAAGGUUCCUCCCCAUCCUGUGAGGUGUUGCGGUGGAGUUUAGCAGAGCCUUCACCACAGCACUAUCAGUCCAUCCCUCACCCUGGGCUCGCCUCUGUUCACGCCUUCACUGUGCCGUCGGGGAUCACGCAUGCCAUGCUAGCUGGAAGAAAUGGCUCUACCCUUUACUCCUGGAGAGCCGAUGUCAACCUGUUCACCAUGAUCCUGAGGGCCCCUAGAGCCCAGAGCUUUCUCUCCUUCAUGGUGCCACACCUCAACGCCACAAAGGUGCUUCUGGCUUCAUCUGAGGAUAACAGCUCCGCUAUCUAUGAGUUCACCUCCGUCUCAAAUCAGUCUGACUUCAUACCCAGCUCUGGGGAACUGUACUUUGCGCCUGGUGACCGCGAGCUUGAUCUGGCAGUGAACAUCAUCGAUGAUGACAUCCCUGAGGUGGAGGAGCUCUUUGUGGUCCAGCUGAAGAACCCAAAAGGAGGGGCUGAGAUUGGGUUUGGCGGCCAGGUUACAAUUAUCGUCCCCACUAACGACGACGCCCAUGGAGUUAUUGGCUUUGCUCAGAAUUCAUUAUACAUGGAGGUUGAGGAGUUGGAACAAAGCAAUCAAAUAUCUCUCAAUGUUGAGAGGAAAAGAGGAAGUUUUGGCAGACUGACUGUUCUUUGGGCGGCUAACGGUAGUUUGGCCGACAUUUACCCCACGUCCGGAGUGGUGACGUUCUCUGAAGGCCAGACAGUAGCCAUCAUCUCUUUAGACGUCGUUGCAGAUGGUUUGCCGGAGUUAUCCGAGAGUGUCGUAAUCACCAUUCGGGAUGUCACCACUUUGGGCCUUCAGAACGUGCAGCAAGGCGCCAUCAUUGACAGGCAGCGGGCUCAGGCUCUGCUUACCAUCUUACCAAAUGGCUCCCCCUACGGCGUGAUUGGAUGGCAUCUGGAUUCCCAGUUUACACUAACAAAGGAACCACAAAGAGCUCCUGUCAAUGUGACUCUUUCUUUGGUGAGGGAGCAGGGAUCUUCAGGUGAGGUGGCGGUCCAUUACCAGACGAAACCAGCCUUACACCAACCCCCUUCCAAUCGGGCUUCCGCAGGAGAAGACUACUUAGCCAAAGACGACACCAUUAUCAUGUUGAAUGGUGCCACCGUGGCCCUUGUCUCUAUCACUAUCCUACCAGAUGACGUACCAGAGCUUGCAGAGGUUUUCCUGGUGAAUAUCACUGGGGUGGAGCUAGUAAAAGGCUCUGUUGGAGCGGGGCAGCCAAGUCUGAGGAAGCCUGGGAUGGAAAUAGCAGAGAUUACCAUUCAGGAGAAUGAUGACCCACGAGGGGUUCUGCAGUUCAACGUCUCUGAGGAUUUACCAGGAAGUGUGUGGGCCUAUGAAAUACCACCACCAGAUAAUAUGCUUCAUCUGCCAGUGGUACGACUGUCUGGCACGACUGGAAGACUGGUUGCCUACUGGGAGGCUCAGCCGAUCACGGCUGAUCCCAGCGACUACACCCCUAUAUCGGGGAACAUCACCUUUCAAGAUGGCCAGAAAGAGUCCAUUAUAGCCAUCACCAUCUUGGAUGAUGAGCAAGUGGAGGCCUCAGAGUCCUUCAGGGUGGAUUUGCUGCGAGUGAUUGGUGGAGCCCGUCUUGGACAAGUGACCUCUAUAACUGUUGUGAUCCCGUCCAACGACUCGCCUCUCGGACGAUUUGGAUUUCAAGACUUGGAGGUUGUGGUCGCUGAGCCCGAGUUUGUGGACGACCCUGCAGCGGUGGCGACACUCACAGUGGUGCGCAGUGCGGGAGGUGAGGGUGUGGUGGCGCUGGUGUGGCAGGUGGAAGGCCAGGCCGUAGAUGACCUCGCUCCUGUUAAUGGAACACUGGUCUUCACUGAGACUGAGCCUGUAAAGUCAUUUGUCAUCAGAGCCCUCGCUGAUAAUCUGCUGGAAGGAGAUGAACAUUUCACUGUACGCUUGCUUCCCGCCGACAGUGGUGCUAUCAUCGACCCCUUACACGGUGUGGUGACAGUCACCGUCAGGGCAGACAAGGCGGCACUGGGAGUGAUUGGAAUAGCAGAGUCAUCUCGUAACAUUAUCAUUGGGGAGCCUCGGGGAGACUACAACGGGACCGCCGUGGUCAACCUUGUGCGUGGUCCAGGUGUUUUUGGAGAGGUCCAGGUGUAUUGGAAUAUUACUCCAGCUUUGGUUUCUGAAUUCGAAACGGUUUUUGGCACUGUGACUAUGGUUGAUGGUCAGUCUGUUGCCACCAUUACUCUGAAGGUCCUUGAUGACGAACUCCCCGAAGAGCGACGUGAUUACCAGCUCUCACUGACCCCUGUUACAGUAGGACUGGAAAUAAGUCCCAUCGCCAGGCAUGCCAGGGUCACCAUGGCAGCAAGCGAUCUCCCUCAUGGACUUUUCUCUUUCAGGCAACACCAGCUCACGGCAAAAGAAGAGGAGGAAAUGGUUAAUGUGACAGUGAUUCGCUCCUACGGCAGUUUUGGCCGUGUGGUGGUGACCUAUGAGACCUCGGGCUACACAGCAGUCAGCGGAAUGGACUUUGCUCCGGCUUCAGGGCGAUUGCUGUUCACGCCGGGCCAAACCUCACAAGUAGUCACACUGCAUGUCCGGGAUGACAGUCUGCCAGAGGGACCCGAGCUUUUUUUUGUUAACAUUACCAGUGUAGCUCUGCUCAAUAUCAGUGCUGUGGACUACACAGUGAGAGAGUCAGGACUGCAGCUGGACCAACCUCCAGCUAUUGGAAAUAUAUCUUCUCUUUUGGUGGUUAUACUGCAGAAUGACAAUGCUGAAGGUAUUCUGGAGUUCAGGCAGGACUACCUUAAUAUUACAGUUGAGGAAGACGUGGGUCAUGUGUUGAUCCCAGUGGUGAGGAGAGUGGGCUCCUAUGGGACGGUCUCUGCUCACUUUCUUUCAAGAGGCUUGAGUGCGACUCCUAAUCUCGACUACAUCCUGCACAAUGGCUCACUGAUGUUUAUCAGUGGCCAGAAUAUAAGCUUCAUCAAUGUCACUAUUAUAGAUGACACGGACAGUGAGCCAACAGAGAUAUUUGAAAUUGUUCUGGUUGGAGCUACCGGCGGAGCGGCUCUGGGCUCCCAACGUGUUGCAAGGGUCACCAUUGCCAAGAGCGACUCUCCAAAUGGAGUGGUCCGCUUCAUAAAUGAAAGUGUGAUCACCGUGGCAAACCCAGACUCUACUUUGAAGCUGAGUCUUGUUUUAGAAAGAGCUGAAGGCCUUUUGGGAAACUCAACGGUUGCUUGGAACAUCCUUGGUCCAAACAGCAGAGAUGCCCUGCCUGCUUUAAACACUGACAUUAGAGCUCCUGUGAGUGGAUCUUUCUUUUUUAAAGAUGGAGAGGAGAGCACGGGUAUCAUACAGCUGCAGAUUCUGCCUCAUGGAGAAGUGGAAACGGAGGAAACCUUUCUUAUAGAGCUGAGCGUUCUUUCUGGAGACAUGGAUGUUGAUCCCCAGGCUGGUUCAGUGACACUCAAGAUAGAGAAGUUUGGAGACCCUAACGGUAUUGUCCAGUUCACCCCCGAUGCUCUUCAACAACGUGUCAUCAAUGAAUCCACAGAAGCAGAAGGCCCGCUCAACAUUUCCUUGCUGAUCACACGCAGAGAGGGAACACUGGGCAACAUCACCGUCCAGUGGCAGAUUCAGAGUGAUUCCGACACAGCGGGGGAUUUCCUGGCCUUAGCUGGCACGGUGAUGAUUGUGGAAGGCCAAAGGGAGGCAGAGAUUCUCCUCACCUUGAUGCCUGACACAGUGCCAGAGCUGGAGGAGCUCUACAUCAUUCAGCUCACAGCUGUGGACGGCGGUGGGACCCUGGACGCCAACCCAGACCUGAUCAGAACUCAAAUAAGGGUGCCUGCCAAUGACGAACCCCACGGUGUGUUUUCCCUGAACCCUGACCAGCAGUCUGUAGUGGUGGUGGGUUCAGGGUCUCAGGUCACUAGAGCUCUGGUUGUGAAUGUGACUCGACUGGCUGGGCUGUUUGGGAAUGCCACUGUUGGGUAUAAGAUAAGUGGAAGGGGAAGUGAAGCGCUGGACAUGGAGGAGAUACUGGGAGGAAAAGCCGAGGGGAGGCUUCUUAUGGUAGAGGGACAGGCCUUCAGCGAACUCACUGUCCCAAUCAGGAGCCAGGCAUUUUUGCCAUUGGGUGAAAGCUUUAUCAUAGAGCUGACUGAUGUUAGACUUGUCAGCGCUGUCCAAGGCUCUUUGCCCCGUCUGCUUUUUGGCGCCAGUUCUGCUGCUGUGAACGUACCUGAAGAAGCUGCCAGCUCAGAGGUUGGAUUUGCCUCACUGGCUCUGCAAGUUUUGAGUGUAGAAAUGGGAACGUGUGAGGCGAGGGUGACUCGAACGGGGCUUUUUGGUGAUGUCAGGGUGCAGUGGAAAGCUGGUUAUCCUUCAGGAAACAAUCUACCUGGCUUCACACUUGGGCAUAUAGUUCCAAACUCAGGCUCUCUCACUUUGGCCCAUGGAGAGAAGACCAAGUCCAUAUCUUUUACAGCUUUUGCUGAUGGAUUUGAGGUAUCUACCUAUGCGAUACACCUCACUGAUGCCACAUCAGGCGCUGGUGGACCUGGUGCUGUUAAGUUCAGGUCAGGUUUUACUGUGGCCGAAGUGGAACCACUGGGCAUUUACCAGUUUGCUCCUGAUUCUCGCCAGCUCGUUAUAGCCGAGGACAUCCAGACCAUAACUCUGUAUAUUCAGAAGCUGUACGGGUCCCGCAGCAACUUGACUCAGCUGUCCUACACGACAUCAGGCGGCAGCGCAGCCGCAGGAGAGGAUUUUCUCGCCGUGUCGGCUGGCCGCUUGGUGUUUGGCUCACCUCAACAAACAAAUGCUUCGUUCCGCCUUUCAAUCGUCGACGACGCCCUGUCGGAGCCAGACGAGUACUUUUACGUCAACUUAACGCACGCUGAGGUCCUCACUCCAAAUUCGACCUGGGCAGACGCCCCACCUCGCCUCGUUCCACAGCACAGCGUGGCCACCGUCACCAUCCUGGCCAGCGAUGCAACCGCUGGAGUUCUGAGCAUCGGGCCUGAACUUGUCCAAGUCCAAGAGGACGGAGACGAGGCAAACCAGCAGGAGCGGAGGGUUGUGCUGAGGGUACGCAGGUCAGACAGUGCUGCAGAGGCCGUGCGCGUUCGGGUCCGGGCAUACGGAGGUCUGUUUCCUUUCACGCUUGCCAACGUUUACCCCUGUUUAGUCUGUGAUCCCUUUAGACUUGUGCUGCUGUGUUACUCAGAUGGAAGUACAGCGCGUCCUCCCUUCGCCGUGGACCCUACCGGGGUUUUCGCAAAGGAAGAGCAGGACUUCCGCUUGGAGUCCACCGUGGUGACUCUGCAGGCCGGCGAGGAAGAGACGGAGGUUGUCCUCGUUGUCCUGGACGACUCGGAGCCGGAGGGACAGGAAGUGUUCUUCGUCUACCUCAGUGACCCAGAGGGAGGAGCUCAGAUCACAGACAGCCCAUCCCAGGGCUUUGGAUCAUUUGUAAAGAUAAUUAUCCUUGGGAGUGACCUUCAUAACGGUAUUGUAGGCUUUACUCUCGGCUCCCUGACGGACAGGGUGCUGGACGAAGACUCAGAAAACAGAACCGCUUUGCUCUACGUACAGAGACAGGAAAACAGAGCUUUUGAAGAUUUGCAGGUCUUCUGGAGGGCUACCUUCAGUAAGGAAACCUUGAGCCUAGUUGAAAACGGCGUCAACCUUACCUCCCAGCUUGUGCAGACUUCAGGAACAGCAAUCUGUCGGAGAGGCGAGGUCCUCUGUGCUCUCACCCUGGAGGUUCUGGAUGAUGAGGAACCAGAAUACCAGGCCUGGUUCUUGGUGGAGAUUUAUCAAGUGGGAGACGGAGCCUCCAUCAAUGAGACAACUCGUUUCGCCAACAUCACCUUGGCAGAAAGCGACAACCCGCGAGGUGUCGUGUACUUUUCUGUUGGCCAUAGGCUGCCGGUCGCCACGGUGAUGACCACAAGGCUCAGCCUGCAGCUCUACAGACAAGCAAGCACAGCUUCAGCCAUGACCCUUCAGUAUCGCACAGUGGAGCUCGCCAAGGAAGAGAUGGUUGGUCCUUAUGUCAUCUGGCCAGCUAAAGCGGGGAUGGACUUUCCUAAACAGGAGGGCCAAGUAACCUUCGAAGCUGGGAGCCACGUCACAACGCUGGACAUUUACCUGACGCCUGACCUCGCCUCGUCUUCACCCACACCGAAGCGCUUCCAGGUGGAGCUCCACGGUCCGACAGGAGGAGCCAGCGUUCACGCCCGCUUUGGGCUGGCUAAUGUGACUCUGGUGUCAAACGCAGCAAGUCAGUCCGUGUGGGGCCUGUUGGAUCCACUGCAUCAGCCUCUCAGCCCAGCAGUAAUAAAUCAGGCGCUACAAGGACUUAAGACUAAACUCACCUCAACGCUCACUCGUGAACAGAUGACUGCUGUGCUUGAAACUCUUGGGAAGGUACUUGCAGAAGCACAGCAGACUCCUCUACACUCCAGCAGCCAAAAUUUGACCUAUGACCUUUUAUGCAUCCUGGCCAAUCCCAGCCGAAUUGACACUCGGGGUCUCAGCUACCUUGCUGAAAUGGCAGAGCAAUUUGCUUUCUCCUUUAUCUCACAUCUCCAGUGUGAGAUAAGGGGCACCGUCAUGGAGACAUGCCCAUUUAUGACCAUGUCUGCCCUCCAAUGGUACCCAACACAAAUUAAUGGGCACAAAUACAGGGGCCGUAAUGGCGACUUCUUCCAGCUUCCAGAUACGCUGCUGCCAGUGCCAGCAGCCUCAUCCCCAGACUGCAGGAACCUCAGCAGGAUUCAGCUGACUGAGUUCAGAACUGAGCAUUGGUUUCUUACCAAUGAUACAGUCACAGCCGUCAGUGGGAAGGUAUUCUCAGUCAGUCUCCAGGAGAGAGGGUCGCGACCCCUAGAAGAUGGCAAUGAGGUGAUAUAUCGCAUCAACUCUCCUGGUCAGCAAGUUAAACCAGGAGCAUCUGUGUGCCUUCUCUGGAACCAGACCACUGCGAGCUGGUCAUCUGAUGGACAAUACUGCAGGGUUGUGAAGGAAAGCGGCAGUUAUGUGGAGUGUGCAUGCUCCCACUUGUCUAUCUAUGCGGUCCAUGCAGAGUUUGCUGCGCUUGCGUCCUACAACGAGGCCUUCUUUGCAUCAGGAUUUAUUUGUAUCUCAGGGUUUGCAUUGGCCAUCAUAUCCCAUGUGUUGUGCUCCCGUUCCCCCAUGUUUGCGGCCAAACUGCUCACUCACAUGUUUGUGGGGUGCCUUGGAACUCAGAUUUGUUUCCUGGUGUCAGCUUUCCGUGGGCCAAUAUUUUCAGAUGACAGCUGUGCCACCCUGGCACUGUUCUGCCACUACUUCCACCUGAGUCAGUUUUUCUGGAUGCUUAUACAGGCAGUAAACUUCUGGCAAGUGCUGGUGAUGAAUGACGAGCACACAGAGCGGCGCUACCUGCUCUACUUUCUCCUGGGCUGGGGACUUCCUGUCCUGGUCAUCAUCGUCCUGGUUAUCGUUUUGCUCGGCGGCUUCGGCUGGACCAUACACGCCGUGUACGGACUGGUGCACGGAGACGUGUGCUUCAUCCCAAACGUCUAUGCGGCUCUUUGCACAGCGGUGUUAGUGCCUCUCGUGUGCUUGGUUGCAGUGCUGGUCAUAUUUAUCCACGCCUACCAGGUAACUGAGCAGUGGAGGGCCUACGAUGACAUUUACCGUGGAAGGACAAACAGCACAGAGGUGCCGCUGGUCCUUUACCUGUUUCUGCUCAUCUCGCUGGUCUGGCUGUGGGCAGGACUCCACAUGGGCUACAGGUACCUGUGGAUGCUCAUCCUCUACGUCAUCUUUAACUGCCUGCUGGGCUUGUACGUGUUUGCAGUGUACUUCGUCAUGCACAACCAGCUGUGUUGGCCAACUAAAGCAAGUUACACUGUGGAGAUGAAUGGCCACGAUCGCCCUGACUCGACCUUUCAGGCCGGCGGGCCAACAACUGUAGGAGCCGACAUCAGCAAAUCAACACAGAACCUGAUCAGCGCCAUGGAAGAGAUUUCAGCUGACUGGGAGCGAUCGUCACUGCGGACCAGUAUUCAGCCGGCCAGCGCGUUUAAACCAAGCCCUGUGAUGGAGGCGUACACCACAGAGGGAAGCUUCAUCAACACCAACCUGGUCGCCACAGACGAGGAGUCGCAGGACUUUGAUGACCUCAUAUUUGCCUUAAAAACUGGGACUGGCCUUAACGUUAGCGAUAACGAGUCCAUACCUGGAAGCCACGAUGGAGGCAGCGUCACCAACUCCCAGAUCGUGGAGCUGAGGAGGAUCCCCAUCGCCGACACCCACCUCUAACACCUCUCCCUUCCUGCAGAGACAUUACAAGACAGUAUUUUUAUAUUGUAAAACCUUUGCACUAAAAAGUUUUUUUUUUUCUUUCUUUUUUGUAAUGAUACAUUUUCAUAUACGUGUUUGAUACUGUACAUCGUUUUUACCGCACGGCUGUUCACAUGUAUACAUAAAUAUACAACAUUUGUUUUGUUGUCUUGGUUUUUAUUUUUUUCCUGUAGAGUUAAAUUAAUCCUUGUACCUAAUACGCAAACAAAUCUCUGCUGCUGAGGAUGGAGGUUGUGUAACACUCAAUAAAUAAUGUAGCCCAUAUGUAA